GAGGAUCUUGCUGGCUGGCAGUGAAGUCUCUCAUUUUCUUGCUGCAUGGCUCAUGCUAAUGAUCUCCAGAAUCGGCCUCUGUGCUCACUUCACCCACUGAGCUGGCAGGUGGCCUUAGCCUAGGUGGUCUGAUCCCCAGGCCAACGGUCGCCGUUAAAAAUCCCCUGUGGAGCCAGGAAGCCAUCUGGAGGACGAAUGUUGGCUGCUUCGCUUGCCUCGGCUUACGCUGGCAGUGGGUAGGCCCGGGCUAAGGCUGCUGAUCAUCUCAACCUCCAAUGAGGCUGUUCACCGAGCCGGUCGAUGGGGCCUGCAGUCAUCCUGUCAUGGUGAAACGCGGCUGAAUGCUUAGGAAGAGCCAAGCAGGGAUCAUUCUGAGGUCAGCAACACCACGGUCUGCGUCUGCUAUUAAAGGCCUUCUCCAUCCACCACUGCUACAUUUUCUUUUCGUCCUUUUGAUACCUCGACACCAGCGAGCAUACAUCCUCUGCAUCUCCUGCCAUGGUCUUUUUUCCGCCCAAGUGGGUAGGCGAAUUGCCUCCCAUCCCUGACACGGUGCCCCUCUGCGACUUCAUGCUCGACGAGCGAUAUGGGCGUGCCCCCAUCGACCAAUCGCCCGCUCCAUACGUUUGCAAUGUCACCGGCCAGGGUUACUCGCCAGCCGAGAUCGUCGAGCGGGUGGAUUACAUGGCCCGGGCCCUUUCUCGCGAGUUGGGCUGGGAACCCAACACCGGGGCAGCAGAAGACAAAGUCGUUGGAGUCUUUAGUAUGAAUACGAUCGACACAAUGCCUCUGUCCUGGGCGGUGCAUCGAUUGUCGGGAAUAGUCUCGCCCGCCAACGCUGCGUAUUCGGCCUCGGAAUUAACCUAUCAGAUAAGGGACUCCAAGGCCACGGUGCUUUUCACUUGUCUACCCUUGCUAGCCACCGCGCUAGAAGCAGCAGCCAAAGUCGGGAUCCCCCGUCAGCGCGUCUUCGUGCUCGAGACGCCCGUCGAACCGGGCCAGUCGGCCCCCGCCGGAGCAUCGGAGUUCAAGACGGUAUCACAGUUGGUCGCCGAAGGCCAGACGCUGCCCCCAGUAGCUCCGUUGAAGUGGCAGACCGGGCAGGGUCGCCGUCAGCCAGCAUUUUUGUGUUAUUCCAGCGGUACUUCCGGGCUGCCGAAAGGCGUGAUGAUCUCCCACUACAAUAUGAUGGCCAACAUCCUCCAAUUCAAGCAAUACGAUGAAUCAUCGGGGAUGCGCACCAAGGGCAAGUCCGAGGUGACGAGCUGUGUCUUGCCCAUGAGCCACGCCUACGGGCUUAACUAUGUCGCGCACUACGCGGCCUACCGCGGCGACCAGACGGUGGUGUUCGCGCGCUUCCAGCUGGAGAGCCUCCUGGAGGCGACGCAACGCUUCAGAAUCACCACUCUCCUCCUAGUCCCACCGAUCGUGCUGCGCAUCGCCAAGAGCCAGGAGCUGUGCCGACGGUAUGAUCUCAGCAGCGUGGUAGGGCUCUUCACGGGGGCAGCUCCGCUGGGAGAAGAGGUCGAAGCAGCGGUGCGAGAGCAGUAUCCCGCCAUGAACAUCGGUCAGGGCUAUGGAAUCACCGAAGCCACCACCGUGGUCGGCCUAACCCCCAUCAUCGACCAAUGGGCCGGCUCCGUCGGCUGUCCGAUGCCAGGCUCGCAGUGGAAGCUCCUCGACCCCGACGGCAGUGAAAUCACCUCGUACGACACUCCAGGCGAGGUCGUCAUCUCUGGCCCCAAUGUGACGAUGGGGUAUCUCAACAACCCUAAAGCCACCGCCGAAUCUUACCGGGACGGCUGGUACCACACUGGCGACGUGGGCGUGAUGCGGCUGAGCCCCCAGGGCAACGAGCAUCUGUUCAUCAUCGACCGGAUCAAGGAACUGAUCAAAGUGAAGGGGCUGCAGGUGGCCCCCGCCGAACUGGAGGCGCAUUUGUUGGCGCACCCCGCCGUGGGCGAUUGCGCCGUCAUCCCCGUGCCCGAUUCCGAGGCCGGCGAGCUGCCCAAGGCGUUUGUUGUCAAAUCGGCGCGGGCUGGCACAGAUGAUGCCGCCACCGUCCAGGCGAUUGUCGCGCAUGUGCAGGGGACCAAGGCCCGACAUAAGUGGCUCAAGGGCGGCGUCGAGUUUGUGGAUCUCAUUCCCAAGAGUCCCAGUGGGAAGAUCCUGCGACGGUUGCUGCGCGAUCGGGAGAAGAAAUCUCGACAGGCGAAGCUCUGAGUGGCGGUGGUAAAGUGGAAGUGGAAUGAAGGUUGACUAAUCGCGCGAGUAUUCAGAGUCACAAAAUAAUGAAAUGCAAUUCCCAGAGC